UUUUUUUGUAUAUAUAUCAGGUUUACAAUUCUGUGGGUUUGAUUUGGUUUUGUUUUUUAUGCAGGGCUUUGAUAUAGAUUUUAGAUCUUUCCGCUGCGUUUUCAACUACCAUCCUGCGGUUCUCCAUUCAUAUGGAUUCAGUGACGAUGAGACAGAAACCCUAGACGAUUUACUCAAGAGGCUUGCUCAUGGAUCCCUUGAUGACCACAAUGGCAAAUGUGGCACAAAUUUUGAGUUUGUCAAAAUUGUUAAAGCCAAUUAUCACUUUGCUGCUGCGAUUAUGUAUCUCAUCACGUUUCAAGUUAAGGAUCCUUAUGAUGACAAUAUUAAACUCUUCCAAACGAGGGUACUUCAUGCCGACGGUAUCAGGACUGAGUAUGUCUUUUGCAGGCCCCAACCCAAUCAACCACUUGAAUGCAUUGGGAUCAAGAAAGAUGUGGAGAAAGUUGUAGAGAGAUCUUGAGCAAGUUGUCAAGAGAGAUGUUCAGAAAGAUGUCAAGAA